AUGGUCAAGAUGCGCCGAAUGGAAGUGGCCUCUGACCAGGCGUAUAAGAACAAGCUUGUGCGUGGAUUCUGUCAUUUGUCCAUUGGGCAAGAAGCUGUCUCCGUUGGCAUGGAGACAGCUAUCAAACCAGAUGACAGUUUGAUUACGGCGUAUCGCUGUCACACAUUUGUGGUCCAGCGCGGCGGUUCUGUCAGCGGCAUGCUGGCCGAGCUUUUCGGACGCGAAGGCGGUCUUUCAAGGGGCAAGGGCGGAUCAAUGCACGUUUACACACCCAACUUCUACGGUGGCAAUGGUAUUGUGGGAGCACAAGUCCCCUUGGGAACAGGUCUCGCUUUUGCACAAAAGUACCUGAAGACGAACCACGCCACAUUCACUCUGUAUGGUGAUGGUGCAUCGAACCAGGGCCAGGUAUUUGAAUCAUUCAACAUGGCCAAACUGUGGAAACUGCCCAACGUGUUUAUCUGCGAAAACAACAAGUACGGUAUGGGUACGAGCGCAGAGCGCAGCUCCAUGAACACACAGUUCUACACGCGUGGCGACGUUAUCCCUGGUAUCCAGGUGAACGCUAUGGAUGUGCUUGCCGUGAAGCGUGGCACGGAGUUUGCUCGUGAAUACACUGUUUCUGGUAAUGGUCCAUUGUUGAUGGAACUCGUCACGUACCGCUACGGUGGCCACUCGCUCUCUGACCCAGGCACAACUUACCGUACGCGUGAUGAGAUUCAAAAGAUGCGCAGCUCGUCUGACCCAAUCCAGGGUCUGAAGACACACAUCAUCGAAUGGGGUGUGAUGGAGGAGUCUGAACUAAAGAAGGUUGACAAAGCUGCGAAGGAAUUCGUCGACAAAGAAUUGGAGGAGGCCAAGAACUCGCCACCGCCUCCUGAGGAGGAUUUGUACAAGCAUGUUUAUGUUGAGGGCACGGAGCCUAAAUUCCUCCGCGGCCGUGAGCGCAACGAAAUCCACUACUAUUAG